GGCAGUGGGCUUAGGUGGAGCUCAGCAGCAGCAGAGAGGAGCUUGGAGACUGCCCUGCUGCCGCUGCGCACCGCACCUCCACCGCCGUCCUGCCUCACCAUGUGGGAGGCGCGUUCCUCCUCCUUCUGGAGGGCUGUCUUUGCCGAGUUCUUCGGCACCAUGUUCUAUGUCUUUUUCGGCCUGGGGGCCUCGCUACGCUGGGUGGUUGGCCCCCUGAACGUUCUGCUGGUGGCCCUGGCUUUCGGCUUGGUGGCGGCCACCAUGGUGCAGUCUCUAGGCCACGUGAGCGGAGCGCACAUCAACCCAGCCGUCACCAUGGCCUUCCUGCUGGGCUCGCAGCUCUCCCUGUUCCGCGCCGUCUUCUACAUGGUUGCCCAGCUGCUGGGAGGAGUGGCCGGCGCAGCCGUGCUUUACGGAGUCACGCCAGCAGCGUUGCGGGGUAACCUGGCACUCAACACGAUACACCCCAGUGUAAAUGUAAGCCAAGCUACAGUCGUGGAGAUCUUCCUGACCUUACAGUUUGUCCUCUGCAUCUUCGCCACCUAUGACGAGAGACGUAACGGGCGCAUGGGAUCUGUAGCGUUGGCUGUGGGAUUCUCCCUCACUCUUGGACACCUCUUUGGGAUGUACUUCACAGGAGCUGGCAUGAAUCCUGCCCGAUCCUUCGCCCCUGCUGUCAUCACCCGCAAUUUCACCAACCACUGGGUGUAUUGGGUUGGACCAAUUGUUGGCGGUGUGAUGGGCGGCUUCCUCUACGACUUCAUCCUCUUCCCCCGGAUGCGCGGGGUCAAAGAGCGUAUGUCUGUCCUCAAAGGCGACCGGCCAGCUGAAACCAGCGCCCUGCCAGAGCCUCCUGGGGAACCCGUUGAGCUGAAGACGCAAGCGCUAUAAGCAGUGACCUUAGGGUGACAAAACCACAGCACACACACACACCCCUCCUCUGGGGAGAGAGGGGGCAGAAACCACUGGCCCAGUAUACAGACUGUUAUUGCUCCUGGCCAGUAGGAAGUGGUGCCUUAGGAGACACAGAUCCGAAGGGACAGUUUGUUAUCCGGUCUCUCUCUCUUUCUCUCUCUUUUCAGACAAACGGGACGAUGGAAUGGGGAGAGCGGGUGGGUGGGGGAGAGGAUGUCAUUGCCUGAUUUUUAAACACUUUCUUUUGCGGUGAGAAAUCUUGAAAAACGGCUUGAGGGGGAAAGGUGUAGGAGAACAAUUUCUCCUGAUCUCCCUGUUUGAAUUCCUGCAAAACUCCAGAGUUGCUUCUAUAUGUGUGUGUGUGUGUGUGUGUGUGUGUAACUGGACAUGUGGAGUCCUUGCCACUUAGUGCUGGGUGUAUGCAUGAAUGAGUGUGUGUGUGUGUACAUAUAAAUAUAUAUAUACAUAUAUAUAUAUAUAUAGGAAGGCAUUGAACAACAUCUAUUCCCUUCACAUCUCUCCAUUUAAGGCCCCCACUGCCCCAACUGUGUUCUGCUGCUAACUUUCUUGGAGACAGUUCAUCUAGCGUAGGAUUGAGAGGCCAAUUCGGGCUCCUUUGUGCUUUGUCGCAGCCUUCUUUCACUUCCCUCCCUGCUCUCAUCCGGUCCCCAUCUCAUCUCUGUGGGCUUAUGCCAGCAAUAAUAAUAAUAAUAAAUUUUUAUUUAUAUCCCGCCCUCCCCAGCCGAAGCCGGGCUCAGGGCGG